AGCAUUACCGGGGCUGCUGUUCAAGAUAUGAGCAUAGAAAGUGCGAAAGAUGUUUCGGUGAUCUCUGAACAUACAGAAAUAGCGCCGCAAGAGAUGUUUCGAACCAGUAUAACUGAUGCUACUAUUGGGGAAAUGAUGACAAGGAAUGUGUUUAUGAUUGGUGUUGGGAACGUGUAUCACGAUAGAUAUUCUCAGCAUGAUCGAGAAGCAGUUCCAUUCGGAAGGGAACCUCGCCAAACUCGCGUGGGAAAUUUUUUUCGUCGUCUGCGGCAGAGGAUAUCUGGUAUCCCUAGAACGACAGACCACAUUGAUCACGGUAUGCUUGACUCAUCCAGUGCAGAAGAAGGUGUCGUUGUGGAAGAUAAUGAGAGAAACGUUCCAGGUCAAAGUGUCGUUGCGGAAGAUAGUGAAACAAUCUUUCCAGAAACUCCACGAAGAAGCGGACAGAGUGACAACCGCGUCUAUAACGAUGAAGAUGGAGAAACCAAAGUUAAAGAGGUCGCAGCAGGAUCAAGCAGUCAAGCUGACGAUCGUAUCGUGACUGAUGAACGUGGACAAACAACAGUUAAAUAUGGCGACGAAGGAGAGAGAAUGGAGAUUGAUUAUGUCGAUGACGAAGAUCGUCCAUUCAUGACCCCGGGUGAAGAAGAAAAUGAGGAUACUUCUGAUGACAACCGUCAGAGGCCUCGAGAGACCGAGCGUGGAGGACCACAGGUUGAAGAACCACAGGGCGACGAGCAAGAAAAUAAAGAGGAAGAUGAAGGUACUGUGGUCACUGUAGUUCGAGAUGACGACGACGAACAUCAAAGAAAGGCGUUCAAGUCCAGGGAAGAGGAAAAAAAGAAGUAAUCAACGAUUGAAUGAAUUUUCAAUUACACAUCAUCUUAUUGAAAUUUUUAGUUAUCAAAUAUACGUGUUUAAACUAGCAAUGAUAGAAUGAAUUUUAAAUAACAUAUUGUUGUACAUAAUUUUCGAUUUUGAAUAUACGCGUUGAUAUGAUUGAAUGAAUUAUAUAUCAUCUUAUUAAAAUUUUGGGUUAUUGGAUAUACGCUUCAAACUAGC